AUCUCACCUUAUCCAAACUCCAACCACAACCUUCAUCAUCCACAUCACUCCUUAUCAUCAUCAUUCAUCUUUCUUAAACAACAUAAACAAGUUAAUUACAUUCCAUUUUUGUUUUAAGAAAAUUUUUGCAGAAAUGGCAGCCAUGAACUCUAGUGUUUUGGCAUCCAACUAUGUAAUCUCCGGCACUGGAUCAUCUGAGCUCAGCUCAAAGCUAGCUUCAAUGCCUGCAACUGUAUCCCCAGCUGUUUCUGGUCCUAAGUUACCUGUGAUCAGAUCCCAACAAGCUAAAGCUUUUGAUUCUAAAACUGAAGGAAGAAGAGGUGCUAUGCUUUGUCUUGCAGCCACCCUUUUCACCUCUGUAGCCGCUGCUUCUUCUGCCAAUGCCGGAGUCAUUGAGGACUACCUUGAAAAGAGCAAAGCUAACAAGGAAUUGAACGACAAAAAGAGGUUAGCCACGAGUGGUGCAAACUUUGCAAGAGCAUACACAGUAGAAUUCGGCUCAUGCAAGUUCCCUGAAAACUUCACAGGCUGCCAAGAUCUUGCAAAGCAAAAGAAAGUGCCAUUUAUCUCUGAUGAUUUGGCCUUGGAGUGUGAGGGAAAGGAUAAAUACAAGUGUGGUUCCAAUGUUUUCUGGAAAUGGUGAAAAGGGCAAGGUUGUCUAUUUAAUUUUCCCCUUCUCCAACUUGUAUCUAGUCCGUGCAAGAACUAAAAAUUGAACUCUACGAUUCUGGUCUUUCUACUUAUGAUUUUCUUUGUUUCUUUCUUGAUCCUUGCUCGACAUAUAGACUGCAAUAGUGUUUUAGAGUGAA